CCCCUGGCGGCGCGGCGGAAGAUGGCGGCGGGCGGGUCGUCGCGGGCCCCGGAGCGGCGGCCGGACCCGCUGUCCCGCCUCACCUGCCCCGUGUGCCUGGAGGUGUUCGAGAGCCCGGUGCGCGUCCCCUGCGGACACGUCUUCUGCACGCCGUGCCUGCAGGAGUGUCUGAAGCCCAAGAAGCCAGUCUGCGGGGUGUGCCGCAGCACCCUGUCUCCUGGGAGCAGAGCUCUGGACUUGGAAAAGCAAAUUGAAACGACAGAAACCACUUGCAAUGGCUGCAAUAAAAAAAUGUACCUCUCCAAGAUGCGCAGCCACGCAGCCUCCUGCUCCAAGUACCAGAAUUACAUCAUGGAAGGUGUGAAAGCUGUUACUAAAGAGCCCCUCCACAACACCAGGAACUUCCCAAAUCGCUUCACCUUCCCUUGCCCUUACUGCAGUGAGAAGAACUUUGAUCAAGAAGGACUGGUUGAGCACUGCAAAGCUUUGCACAGCAUGGAUGCAAAACAAGUGGUUUGCCCAAUUUGUGCCUCAAUGCCGUGGGGGGACCCAAAUUACAGGAGUGCUAACUUCAUGGAGCACCUGCAGAGACGACACCGCUUUUCCUACGACACGUUUGUGGAUUAUGAUGCUGAUGAAGAUGAUAUCAUGGCACAGGUUUUGAUGCGUUCCUUGCGGGAUAAGUGAUUCAGCCAGAAGAUUUACUGUAAACCCAAGCUUCCACGAGGGGGAAAUGCCCAGCAUCCUUGCACUUCUCCCUGCACAUCCCAAGAUUAACUCAGGCAUCCAGAAGACUUUAAUGCUAUCUCAGUUUUCAAUCCUGGUUUGAUAUUUCUGUACCACUCAGUCUUUUGGUGUCAUGGUCUCUGACAUUCAGCCCUGUCAGCCCCAUUUUUCUACUUGCUUAGACUCAGUUUCAUUGUAGAUCAACACGUGGGAACCAAGGCUUUUUCCUUUACCUAUGCCUGUUGGUUUCUUUGGCAGUUGUAUUUAUUUGACUGUCUAAAAUCAAAACCAUUCCAGAUGGAAUGGCCUGAACUAAUUAAUAAAUAUCUUCCCAAUCUCAUUUACAUAUCUCAAGUGGUUGUAUGUGAAGUGUAUUGGUAACUCUGUUCCCCUCUAGUGAGACUUCAGGUGCUAACUGUAACCACCUCUCAUGCAAGUGACCUCUGAUACCUUUGAUUCCAUAAUGUUUCCCAGUGUUUCAAUCCUUACAGGCAGCCUCCCAACUAUAUGGAAAACACAUCUUCAGUAUGAGUGUUCCAACUGCAAACUUUCCUAGGAAAUCUUUGCACUGUGUAAAAACUAGUUCAAAGUACUUCAGUUCUAUGCAUGAUGAUUAGUUUCCUCCAUACUCCUACUAUAAUUUCUAGCCUGGAAAAUGAACUUUAGUGUUGGUCUUAGUUAAAAUGUGUAAUUUUUUAACUAUCUCAGCAAAUACUAAUCAAAAUUGCUGGCUUUAUGAUUAAAUUGGUGGAUUUGAAACUGGUUUCCUAGUAAUUUUAAGCCUUAUGCUGAUAGGGGAAUUCAGAAGGUUUUUUUCAAUACCUCUGCUUUCUAUUUAAGCUAAAAUUUUCAUAUAUAUUCUUGGGUUUUCCAUUUCUCAAGGCAAGCUGGUCGAAAAACUUGCAAGUAAUUCAUAGCACUGGCAUAGCACUUCCUUUCUGCAUCACAGAUUUUAUCAGGUAUUUUGAAUUCCUGUUCUUCAUUUAAAUGUUCCUAAAGUAGCUGAAGCUGUACUUGGAUUGUUUGCCAUCUGGCAGCAUGUGUGUAGACUAGUCAGGUGUAGCUUUCAAGGAAAAGUAAAACAUAGCCCUGAAAGCAGGACAGUUCCAGCCCGUGGUAAAUGGAUACUCUGUGUUCAAGCCUACACUUUUGCCACAGGGAUUCCUUGAUUUUAAUUUGAUGCUUUCAUUAAGUUCACAGAGAAGCUGCUGAGAUCUGAGGGCCUGAGGCACCUGACCAGAACCUGUAAAGCACAGUGUCGAGAUGUCCAGUGUAAGUGUUGUAAGUGGAGCAGUGGGCCUGCACCCUGGAAUUGAGUACUGGUUAAUUGAUUUGAGCAGUAACCUUCUCCCAUCGUGCUCUGCAGACUGCAGCCUAGCCUUACCCUGAAAAUCAUGAAACACACUCCAGUGUAACCUCGUGAUUAAACCUUGUGUCCAGCCAGACCUCUGGCACCUCUCAGCUGACCUUGGGGUUCUACCCCAGUAGGGGCUGUUACACACUCACCCCUGAGCACCUGCAUGGGGACUGGAAGCCCAGUGAGGGUGGGAGACAUGGAAUCUCCUGGUUCUGUAGGAAAAGUGCUGUGUUUGGGGGUGGAUAUUUUAAUGCUUGACCUGCAAAGAGGUGAUGGUGUAUUGGGGAUUGGAUGGGGAUCUCUCAGAUCUGGCUACCGUGCAGUUUGGUGAUGCCCAUUGCCAGGAAUCCAGAUUCCUGCUUCUAUUCUAAGUGCACUUCCAUGCAAUUCUGAUAAAAUGUUUUAGGAGCAAUUAGGAGCUUCCGAGUAAUUACUUUGUCAUGUUUUUGACUUUUGAAGACAAAUUACAAAUAAAGGCCAUUUAAUUUAUAAAAUCCUA